UCACUGGCGCCUUCCCUCCUGACAUAAGCCACGGAAGCCUGCCACCACUAGUCCACUACCAGAACCCCGCCAAUCCGUGAGCAGUGAGUCUCGAGCGCGCGUUCUGAGCGGUGGAGGCGAGUGCACGCUGCUCCACCAGAACCAUGAGAGAACGAGGCGGCCUGUCCAUUAUGGCGGUGGUGCUGGUGGUGGUGAUGGUGGUGGUGAUGGCGGCCAAGGACACCAUCGCUACCCCUGCCAUCACACACCCUCACCACCACCGGGAGCCCGCAGGAGGACCCACAAGCACCACCAGCAUGCCAGUUAACCACGUGGGGGAUGAGUAUCUCGACGAUGCUUUGGACGACUGGCUGAACAACUUCGACACAUACACCUUCAUGGUAAAGCAGGACCUCAACACCCACGACGAGGAGGAAGGCGAGGGAGAGGACGCAACGGCUGCCAGAGAGGACCAAGAGGAGGAGGAGGAGGAGGGGGGGAAGGAAGAGGCGUGGAGUGCCCCCAUCGCCGUCUCCGUGGGGUCGAAAACUCUGCUGAACCCACACCUUGAUUAUCUGGUGACGGUCGAAUCUCUAGUGGCCGAGGAGGGUUCAAUCUUCUUAACGUUGAGCAAAUACAACAACCAGACUGAAUGUGGUGUUGGAGGACUCACUGUGGAGGCGGUAAUGCGCUCAACACCACAUAGGUCUACUGCUAGUGGUGGUGGUUUGGUGCGUCAGUCUGAAGGGCAAAGCGGUGGACGGCCUCGGAACUCCUCGCUUACUGCCCUCGUAGCCUUUGAUCUACAGAACGAGGGUAACAUCACCUUGCUGGACACCUCAGCCUGGGCGGAGGUGAGCGAGGAUUACUGGUGGGCGCGUGGGCGGCUGGCCGGGGGUGGAAUGCUGUCAAUUACCUUAACGCCCCCUGAAUGUGGAUGUCUCUCUCUCAGCACCUACUACGCCCUUCCAGUGGGUAACCUUACGCUGGUGGUGGGUCCGCAAGCCUACCCUGACGAACUUCAAAUCCUCAUCUGCAUGGAUCCCCUUCCUGAGGCCCCGGUUCUUGACGAGUAUGAGGACGAGGAGGAGGAGGAGGAGGAGGAGGAACAGAAGAAGGAGGACGUGGGAGAGUACCUACAGGAACCUAGUGCUCUGGUAGCACCGAAAACCACAGAGGAGACAGACACCGAGGCCGAGACGGAGGAGAGCACGAAUGAGCCCCCAGUCACCCCCCGGAAGAGGAAGACGCGAGUAGGAGGAAAGAAGAGGAAGACGAAGAAAACGAGGAGGCAGAUGAAGAGGCAAAGGAUAAGGCAAGCUGGAAGGCGUCAGGCGCGGCGGCAGCAACGUCAGCAGCUGAGACAAGAGGACGAGGACGAGGAGGGGGAGGAGGGGGAGGACGCAGGAAGAGCUGGAUUCAAGAGGUCUCGGGGGCGAUGGAAGCAGAAGAGGAAGGGGAAGAAGGCGUGGAAGAAGCUUAACAAGAACAGCAGGAGAGGCAGACGAAGGUUCCACGGGGCCAGGCAACACCACGGCCACCAUGAAGAGAUGAAUGGUACUAGUGCGGAGAAUAUGACUGACCACCAUCACCAUCAUCAUCACUCUCAACACCAUCUCCUUGGACAGAACGUUACCGAGGCUAUUCAGCAAGAGGAGAAACUGAUAGACAUCCUGCUGAGAGACGAGCCUGAGAAUUCAACUUUGGAGGAGCAGGAGGAGGAGGAGGCAGCAGUGGAGGGAAGCAGCGUAACCGAGGAGGAAGGAGGAGGAGAGGGAGGAGGAGAGGAAGAGGAGGAGGAGACGCCCAGACAGAGGAGGAAGAACAGGAGACAGCGGAAGAAGAUGAUGCGGAAAGAGAGGAGAAAGGCCCACCAUCCGCCUGGAGUCAAGUUCUGCUGCAAACAAGGAGUCAAACACAAGAAGAACAUCCUGGAGUUCAACACUACGUCAGAGAACUCCCCAGGGCCGUGCAACGCUACCAGUGAACUCGUGAGCAACUUCGCCAACCAUCAGUUCGGUAUCGUGGUCGAAGCCUGCGAUCUCACCUACUCCAAGUGCUGCUCCAAGUUCACGGCAGACAUGUGGAACGCUAUCAAGGCACGGAAGAUGGCACGCAGGAGGGACAGGAAGGAGCGUCGCAAGUCACGCCGCCAAGAUCGCAAACACCGCCGGCAGAACGAGCGACGGAUGCGCAAGGAGAUGAUGCGACAGUCGCGGCGCCAACACCAAGUCACCGAGGGCCCAGAGGAAGACGCAGAGAGACAAGGGGAAGGAGACGCCGCCGUGGAGUAAAGUCCCGCAGAAUCCCAUCGACAGUUUACCUCGGAAUCGUUCUUGUAAGAUAUAUAUUAUUUCCCCGUUGUCCAGUAUCUCAGUGACGUCAACAAGAACAUUAUUUCCUCCUUUACUGACACGCCAACGUCUGAGUCACAAUUUCCACGUAGCCUACCAUUUAUUUUCUUCUAGGACAUUCAAGGACGUCAGUAAUAGCCACCACUAAGUCUUUCCCUUGUCCAGUAUCUCAGUGACGUCAACAAGAACAUUAUUUCCUCCUUUACUGACACACCAACGUCUGAGUCACAAAUUCCACGUAGCCUACCAUUUAUUUUCUUCUAGGACAUUCAAGGACGUCAGUAAUAGCCACCACUAAGUCUUUCCCUUGUCCAGUAUCUCAGUGACGUCAACAAGAACAUUAUUUCCUCCUUUACUGACACGCCAACGUCUGAGUCACAAUUUCCACGUAGCCUACCAUUUAUUUUCUUCUAGGACAUUCAAGGACGUCAGUAAUAGCCACCACUAAGUCUUUCCCUUUGUCCAGUUCUCUUAGCGCCGUCGACAAGAAUAUUAUUUCCUCCUUUAUUAACAUGAAAACGGUCCGAGUCACAAUUUCCACGUACCUUUUAUUUUCUUCUUCAAGGGCAUUCAAGGACAUCAGUAAUAGCCACCACUAAGUCUUUCCCCUUGUCCAGUUCUCUUAGCGCCGUCGACAAGAAUAUUAUUUCCUCCUUUAUUAACAUGGAAAUGGUCCGAGUCACAAUUUCCACGUAGCUACAAUUUGUUUUCUUUUAUGAGGACGUUAGUCAAGGCCACCACCAAGUUUAUUCCCUUUCCAAACAUGCCACUGGUCUGAACGAUGCAAGAUACGCACAAGUUCCCUUUACUACCAUGCCAACAGAUGACUCAGUGGUGACGUCGGUAAGAGUGAGUUCAGUGCUCCUUUCUUUCCCAUUCACAUACCUGCAGCCUGAAUCAUCACACACGCCCCAUUGAUGCACUCACUCACACACACAACACACGGACAAACACGUUUUCCAAAGCCGUCUCUCCCACGUCCAAAAUGCCUUACGGUUCGUCGUUCCCAAGGUCGUUCCCAUCCACCCAUUCAAGUCAGGCAUCGCUCGAUCCUCACGACGUUCAUUCACCCAUUCCAGCGACAUCAUUGACUACCCCACGGAUUCUACCUUCACAGUGAAUGACCUGACAUAGUUGUAGCUUUUUAUACUUAAACGGUGACCAUUCGUUUAGCUGUAGGCUUUAGGUGGGUUCAUGUAGGCUAUUAAAUCGGCUAUCGGGCAAGUUUUCUUUUGUUUCGCAUCAAGUGCCUCGUUUUGUUUAGUAACCCAAAGAUUCGAUGCCUCGUGAAACCGAAGCAACCGAACCCCAAGUGAGAAGCGGUGAGCAGAAGUUGAUAAUAUUGUCAUGCACUGUUCCCUCGCUCUCUUCCAUCCAUUCCCUCUCCCUUCGGACACACAGUUGCCGUCGUGUAUUUUCCACUUUGUAACCGAAAAAGGGCGGCCAUCGUCUGUCGGAGGUGAGAAUUAAGGGAGGAUAAAGUCAUGGAAAUGCUACUUUUUUUUGUCGUUUUGGUUUCGGUUUUCCAAGAUUUUCGAGAUCCACGUUUCGGGAAAAAUGGUAAGGAAGGUAAAGUAAGGUAAAGUAAGGCGGGAAUGCUUACUUUUUCAUCGUUUCUGUUCUGAUUGCGCAAGAUUUCCGAGAUUCACGGUUUGGUAAAUAAAGUAAAGAAAAAAAGUAAGGAAAAUAAAGUAAGGCGGGAGUGCUUACUUUUUUCAUCGUUUUUAUUUUGAUUGCGCAAGAUUUCCGAGAUUCACGGUUCGGUUAAUAAAAUAAAGAAAAAAAAGUAAGGAAAAGUAAGGCGGAAGUGCUUACUUUUUUCAUCGUUUCUGUUUUGAUUGCGCAAGAUUUCCGAGAUUCACGGUUCGGUUAAUAAAGUAAAGUAAAAAAAAAGUAAGGAAAAUAAAGUAAGGCGGGAAUGCUUACUUUUUCAUCGUUUCGGUUUCGGUUUCGCAUUCGAGAUUCACGUUUCGGUAAAAAAAAAAAAAAAAAUACAAUAAGUGACAAAUCUUCAUAAGUUGACUGUGAGCAAAAAUCAUCUACAUGGAUUCCACACUUGUCUUAAUUUGAUAUACAUAUAGAGCAGUGGUUCUUAAACUGGGGGGGGGUAACAAUUUUAAGGGGGGGGGAAUCAUGAACCUUGUGAAUAAAGUUAAAAUUUCUUAGUUGGAAUAUUCGUUCUUAUCUUACCAGGAGCUUGGGGUAAAAUGCAAGGGGGUCGUUGAGGUAAAGACCCAUUCCUAGACGAGGCGUGGUAGCAGAAAGUUUAAGAGCCACUGGGAUAAAGGUUUAAGUAUAAGACGUUUCAUUCAGUAGCCAGCAGCAUCAUUCUUAGCCCACGGAUCGUCAGGAGGCGCCGGUGUGUCGGUCGAGCUGUUUCGAACCCCGUGAACCGCCGCCGACUCACUCACUCAUUACACUCUGUUCAAAUUAACUUUUCCAAAUAAGCCUUGUUGUUUCGCUCUAGGCUGUUACCCAUCAAAUUAACCUUUCCCUUCUCAGCCAGUCCCAUGCAACCUGAUUUCACAGUGAAGGAAGCAGGUCAAGGUCAAAAACAAAUGAAAAACGAAAUAGUCCGCCCAUCAAUUGAUCUAACCUUCCACUCUCAACUCAUCCCAUGUAACUUGAGAAAUCCAGAAAAAAAUUAAGGUAAAGCAACACAUACAUCACUGAAAAUACCUGCAUGGUCGCAACGUUGCCAGACUGUCGUACUCAGCCGCUUAUAUUUCCCGACUUCCUACCCCAAAACUGUCUUCUGUGCCCCAAUAACGAAACUCAUUUAUAGUUAUCGUUAAAAGAGUUAGAUCCUGAUGUCUCUUGGCAAUAGUUAUGCAUCAGAAACAGGUAAACACUAUGCUCUGAGUACGAUAAUUUGGCAUCGGUGGGUCAGUAGUUAUGGGGAAGGGGAAGCGGUUUGUCAGGGAAGGUUAACGUGUACAGAUCGCAGAGUUGUUGUACCGCCGUGCCAGCAUUUAUACCGUUAUUACAUUUCCUUCGCAUACUCAUUUUCAUUUCCUUUUUCAAUAAACUUAAGCAUACUGCC